CUGCCUGCAGCCGCCGGACGCGUUCACCAUCAGCUCCACCGAUUUUGCAGCUAGCAUAGCUACUGUACAUAACCGUCUCCGAACAGCUUCAUGCUCUGUUGCGUCCCGACGCCCAUUGUCCGCCGUGCAGCAGCCCAUGGUCCUGUUUGCCGCGUCUGCGCCUCCCAGUGAGGUUGUUGCCCUGUAGAAGUUUAGGCAUCGGUGAGAUUCAUCCCCUCCUUCGUUCCAUGACCCUCCGAGUGGCGGGCAAACAAACAAGCAAGCCAGCCAGCCAGCAAACAGGCACGCAUUCAAGCAUUCGAGCCAGCAAUCAAGCCAGCAAUGAAUCAAUCGCCAUCCACGACCAGCCAGCUAGCACGUAAAAGGCUGGACAACCACCGAAUUGCAACAGGCAGCAACCGCAUGCACUCGCAACAGCCCUACUGGACGCACCAAGCAGGUACAUACCAGACCUUGCGCCCGCGCCCGCAUCUGCCUGCUAGGCUUCACGGCAACCGCCGCGUGCCUUGCCUGCCCUCCCCGCCCAAAACCCUCCUCCUCACCUCCUCCUCGCAAACAAUCCCUCUUGCACCGCCAUGUCGGUUGCGGGCGACGACGCAAUCAGCAGCAGCAACGCCGCCUCUCCUCCCUCCCCACUACCCAACCCGCCGCAAGACUCUAUGGAAAUUGCCAAUCGGGAUCACAAACGCCGACGACUCAACUCGGAAUCAAAGGACGAUUUAGAUAUUCUCGCCAUGUCUACCGACCGUUCCGUUCCAGACUCGCCCUCCGUUCCCCACCUCACAUUGGACCCCUCCGACCAGCAGGUCGAAAUGACAAUACGUUCCCAGCCCCCGUCAUCUUCCAACCCCCAGGAACAGGACGAGCUUGCCACUACCUCCGAAGAUGUGCUUGCAUCAGAUACUGUCCAUGUCGACACAAACGAUUCCCCUCUUGGCGGGGGCGACGCUUCCGCAGACAGCCCGCCCGUCAUUGAAUUGCUGAGCGACACCGAUGAAGCAGCCAACGACGACGACGACGACGACGACGACGACGUCGAGAUCAUGGCCGAUUACACCCCAUCGGGCCCAAUUCACAUUGAAUACGAUGUCGAGUCUUAUUUUUUGAACUUUCCAUACACCAAAAAUGACGACUUCGUCGCCGCUGUUGUCGUCGUCACGAACCAUUUCCACGCCAACACGCAUCUCGAUGGCGCCGUACUGCCCAGCAUCUCAGUUUGGUUGGACGGUAUACCCGACCAACCGCUCCCGCGCAAGGCUUUCUUCACCGAAAAGGCCCCGUUUUGGGACGAGUUCUCCAAUUUCAUAUUCAGGCUCCUCUCACGGAGGAUUCACUUUGGCGAUACCUUCAGCGAUGACCAAGGAGAGGAGGACAUUUUCUUCACUCUCUUCACUGCAUAUGUUCGCGUAUGUGUCCAUCUAAUCCAAGCUGAUGCACAAAUGCUCUCGGAAUGGUCUGCAUCAGAGCCCUGUUCUCUCCCCAUCGUUGCUUACAAGCAUGUUCGAAACCUACUUUAUAUCCUUCGCCCGGAAAGGACCGCUCUCUUCCACCUUCUCAACAAAGACUAUGGGAUCAACGUCAACGCCAUGUCGAACCGUCUGUUACGUUUAUUCCUGGAAACGGGCGGUCUUCCACAUCUCCUCGACAUGGCAGAUCAUGAAUGCAGCAAAGCACCACCAAUGGUGCUGACUUCUAUCGCAGCAUGGACUGCUCCUAUAUUAGAAGCAGUGGGUUGGCAUCUCGUAGCUAUGCCUGCAACAUUGCAGCCACUCCAGCGGAUAAAGUUCAAUCAAGACGUACUGCACUUUUUCCAGAGCUACGAUGUUCAUUUGCAGAUACCCGGCCAGGUAGUCGACAUGACGGUAGCUAGGGAUGCCAUUGGUCACUUUUCGUCACUGCUGUUGAGUCUGUGUCAGUGGGACGACCUGAUUGCCCGGGAGCUCGUUGAUCAUAUGCUGGAUUUCAAGGAUCCAGAAUCUCCUACCGCCACGAUCUCACCGGCCGAACCGAACCCAAUCAAUGAAGAUACAUAUCGGCGAGACCCCGCACUGUAUCCAGUACUUGUCCAUAACGCCUGGAAAUUCAAGCUUCUGCGCAAGUAUAUCGUCAAGGGUCGAAUGGAACUGCGCGUUAUGAGCAUUGGUGCCAUGGAUCAUGCCCUGGUGGAUAUAUGGAGAGAAUACAAUACCCACGCACACUCCAUUCAUCAUCCGGUCAUGCAAUAUCUCGCCGACUUCCUACUUGACCAAAAAGUGGUCAACUAUAUCAUCAGCGUGGAUUCGCAUCCUCAACUCAUCUCCCGCAGCGGAAAUAUCGUCGGUUUUUUGGUUGUCACCCGUCGCUAUAGUGAGGGCGAGAGCGACGCUAUCUGGAACACCGUUUCGAACAGUUCCGAUCCUCGCGUGGUAUCUGCUACAAUGACUAUGCUUCGCAGUAUCAUUAAUCUCAUGCAAAAUCCCGAGCUCCUCUACCUUUUGACGAAGUUGUAUGAUAUCCCAAUCGACAACUGCACUUUGGACGUCAUCCGGUUUCAGCGGGAUAUUGCUGGAAAGAUUAAUUGCGAGGAUUGGAGCGAACAAGACUUCAAGUCUCGGCCAUGGAAUGUGAGCGUUCGGAUGUUGCAAGACACUUCUCCUACCCAGGAAUCAAGCAAGGCCACCAUGGCUCUACAUAUGGAGGCUUCCGAACAGCUGAGUUCUAUGACACACCUCAUCUGGACGGAAGAACGCCACUCCAUAUACCGAAGUUGCGCAGAACACAUAGAAUGCCGGUCUUCCAAAGCCACAGGCAGUGUGCACGCAGUUUGGCUACUUGCAACAACCUCUGGUGUGAAAGACGUUGGCUUUUUCGAAGAGAACCCCGAAUUGACUCGUCGAAUACUCGAGGAAACAUGUGCAUAUAUCGGCGAAGGAGAUGGUAUCGCUUUCGGUACCAUGCAACAAUACGCCGCGCACUAUAGACUCGAUCUUCUUUGUUUUCUAAUUCAACGAGCGACCACGGCGAUUCCAAUUGAUCUCUACGAGAGCAUAUGGGAUCAUCUGAUCGGAAAGUAUGCGCACAAAGACGAAUUGCGGGACAUUGCUUGGACCAAGUUUUUACAAGCCAUGAGGUUUCGACCAAACAAUGAAUUCUGCACAGCACUCAUCUCAACAUACGUACCGAAGCUCGACCCCAAGUAUUAUACUCCAGGUCUGCUCGAAUUCGUCGCAGCGUACAAUUUUGCCACAGAACGACAGAUGGUAGAGACGAUGGAUGGCGAAAAGCAAGAAGCAUUGCAGGUGCCGGGGGCACACCUUUUGUGGCCGAUGAUCCUCUCGGCACCUCCGCGUACAAUCGAAGACCGAACUGCAAACCUACUCGCUAAUAGAUAUCUUGAAGUCGAUCCAGUUCAUGGUAUUACACUACCAGACAUGGAAGCUGCUCACAUGGCUCUCGUGGAAAAGUGUAUUCAUGAAAUACUGUCAUCCUACAGAGUACUACGGGGAAAGUCCUCUCGCGGUGACGAUGAGAUGGAUGUCACUGUCACUGCUGUACUCAAGCAACAGAAUGAGCGUCGGCUCACUCGGACUGUUCUAUUCCUGAAACUACUGCUCAUGUCAAUACGUACUCGUGCGGACUUCAACCGGUCAAGACGAUCGGAUUCCAAGGUGGAAGCUCUUGAAGACGAAGAUCGUCCAGACGGAGAAGUGGUCGAAGUCAGAUAUCAGUCCGGAACCAACGAGAAACAGUCAAUCAUAGUUGGUACCAGCAAUACGAUGCAGGAUGUGUACAGGCGUCUUUGCCACGCGACGGGCUAUUCCAAGAUCAACAUAUUUCACAAAGGAAGAAAGAUCGAUCUUAAUCAUGAUAGGUCGAAGACCGUCGGAGACCUUGAUCUCACCAGCCAAAACCUGCAAGUUCAAAAAGCCCAAGGAAGUGAGAUCAUCUAUCCCACUGCGGGCAAUGUUGCCUCCUGUUCGGUUUUUGAGACGGCCCUCUUGGACCGAUUCGAAGAGCUUUUUACAUGCAUGGAUGCAGAGGAUGCAAUCAGUGCAACGCUUUACGACCUUUUGGUCCAUCUCCCAUUCCAGGAGCGGAUCUUCAAAUCAGUCACGACCGGUACGAUAUCUGCUGCCGAUCUUUUUCCACCCGAUAGACUUUAUCAAGCAAAAUAUGCUGCAUAUGCUCUACACUGGAAGCUAGAACAGCAAUUGAGGAGUACUCUCGACGAGAACUAUUUGGCCAACGCAGUACAAAUUCUCGAAAAAGCGCUGUUGAAUCCCUCUUUGAUCUUGGACGCUUCUUCAUCCUCGCAUGUCCAGUUGGCGGGUGUAGUAGUUCAAGUUCUUUUGAAGUUUCUGAAAGGAGUAUCUUCUUCAUACUUCUCAAAUAACACUGCUUUUGUGGAACGGCUUCUGGAACUAGUGUCGCUUUCUUUGGUAGACAUCACUUCCCAUCCUGUCGCCCUCGCUUCCUACGCAACUAUCAUCGAGGCAUCUCUCCAUUCUCGUGGCGUGUGGGAUGCUUUUGUGACUAAUAACAAGUCCAUGCCUUUGCACAGGAAGCUUCUCUUGGACGAGCCCCACAAAGAAUUGCGACAGGGCAUUGCCAAAGUCAUCUCUUCUGUCUGUGGGGGUGGUCUGUCACCGUCGUCCGCACUCACCGAAACCGAGACCGCAUCCAGCUUCUGGAAGAUGAUUUCUCCUGUUUUACCAUAUGUUGUUGAGCACCCUGACCGGUCUCUCCAGAUUUUUCAGCUUGCGGAUGAGGUGUUUAGGAAAUACGACGAAAGCAACAGAGACGAGGCGACUUUGCGAUCAUAUCUGUCCACGUGGAGUGACGUACUCCUGCACUAUCGCCAGGACGAAGAGGUUGGUCAAGGGGAGGUAGACUUUGUUGUUCACGGAUUUUCGAAACUUCUUCUCAGCUGCAUAUCAUCACUAAAAUCGCUCAAGAAGCCUUUGGACGCUGGCCAACUAGUGGAGAGGUUGUGGAGUAAGUUCUUGUUCGUGCCCAAGGUCGUCGACCUGGACGAGCAGGCAUCUAGCCCCGAAGUGCCUGUCUUGGAGAGCAAUACGCGUAAACAACUGCUCGAUCUGGUGCUUGCUCUAGCCGAUGAUCGAAAUAGCUACAACAAGCUUCUCGAGUUAGCUGGGGAUCUAGGAACGAACGACACGAUGAUCUCAAGCUUUGAUGUCGACCGCGAGGACAUGAUAAGAUCGCCAACUGGAUACCUGGGAUUGAACAAUCCCCGUGCUAUAUGCUACAUGAACUCUUUGUUAGCUCAACUGUUCAUGAACGUAAAUUUCCGCAAAUUCAUGCUCAGACUUGAUGUCGCCGAACCAGCAGCAUCUCAACGUCUGUUACAUGAUACACAGACAUUAUUUUCGACAAUGCAGAAUAGCUAUCGCAAAUGGGCUGACCCCCAGGAGUUUGCAGCAUGCGUGCGAGUGCCGGACGGAGGAUCCAUUGAUAUCAACAUACAGAUGGAUGCGGAUGAAUUUUACAACCUACUAUUCGACCAAUGGGAAGCUCAGAUGCUCUCACCGGAGGACAAGGCCGAAUUCCGCUCCUUUUACGGGGGUCAAACCGUGAACCAGAUCAAAUCAAAGGAAUGCGAGCACGUGUCGGAGCGCCUCGAAAGUUUCUUCGUAGUGCAAUGUGAUGUGCAAGGAAAGAGCAACCUGCACGAGAGCUUGCAAGCUUUUGUAGAGGGUGAUGUCAUGGAGGGUGAAAACAAGUACAAGUGUGAAUCUUGUGGUGGAAAGCUUGUCGAUGCAGUAAAGCGAACUUGCCUGAAACAGGUUCCCGACAACCUCAUAUUUCAUCUGAAGCGGUUCGACUUCGAUCUCGUUACGCUCAGCAGGGCCAAGAUCAACGACUAUUUCGAUUUCCCUUCGACUAUCGAUGUGAGCCCAUAUAAAAUUGACCACCUCAGCGAUCCAUCGCAAACACGCGAAGAAGACUGGUUCGAACUCGUUGGAGUGCUCGUUCAUCAAGGCAGCUCAGAAGCUGGGCACUAUUACUCAUAUAUUCGCACGCGACCGGACUUGGCAGAGAACGUGACUCGAUGGAGUGAAUUCAACGAUAGGGAUGUGGACGCUUUUGACCCACAGUACAUCCCUUCACGCGCAUUUGGUGGAUUGGACGACAAAUUCCAACGUCAACUGAAGAACUACAGCGCCUACAUGCUGUUCUAUCAACGUCGAUCCGCUAUCGCCAAGGAUCGAAUGGACUACAUCAACUCGCUGCAAUGCGGAAACGUCAAAGUACCCAUUCCGUCAAACAUGAAUCGACAGAUCAACAUCGACAACGAUAGAUUCAUCCGGGAUUACUGUGUGUACGACCCUUACCAUACAAAAUUCCUGCGUCAAACACUCUCGAACCUACGAACAAUCAACCAGGGGACAUGCUCGGAAGACCACGUGCAAGAGACACAAGCGCUCCACAUCAUGCUCAAACAUCUUUUCCAUGUCCACAUCCGUGCACGAGCGCCGGAAAACUUUGAAGAGACCCUGCUUCAAUUGCGGAAAAUUGCGUUGUCGUGUUCGACAUGCUGCCUUGUCGUUAUGCGUUGGUUCGCAGAUGACGAUUCUGCUCUGCUCAACAUGCUCUUACUAUGCGAAGCACCCAAAGUUCGCUUGUUGUCCCGAGCCUUCCUGAUCGAUUGCCUUCGAUUCCUUCGCGAUAGAGAGCCCGGAGCAUAUGGCAUUGAGAACAUGGAGAUGGAAAAUGACAAUGGCUCCGCUCCUCCGGUCCAAGGAGUUCUAUCGGCUGUUGUGGCACAACUGCGAGUAACCGCGGACAAUUCUUAUUUGGCCGUUCGCAACUGGGACGACUUUUACCUCACCCUAUGUCAGAUAUGCGACUUGAGCCGUGCAGAAACUGCCGCAUUACUGGAUGAGGGUUUUCUGACGUUCUGCCUGAAAAUCUUCUGUAUGCCCGUGAUACGGAGCUUGCAAACUUCUUUCCCUGGGAUGUGGAAGGUUACUGAGAAGCGAAAACGCAUCUACAAUAGGAUGAUCGAGUUUGUGUAUGGGCUACUUUGCAAGACUGAUUGCGGACUUCAUAACGCUCCCAACGCACGAACCCCUGGUGCUAGUCGGUACGAUACAUUUGAUCCGAUUCUGUCCAAAUUUGCAAUCUCCAGCGAAGAACGACGAUGGCUGUUUCAUUGGUACGAGGACAAUAGGGCAUAUGCUGCUCUUGACAGGAUACUAGAAACAUUUGAUGCGAACAAAACCGAGAUAUUCUAUCCCGGCGAAAUCUUAAGGUUGAUGCUGAAUACACCGGAUGACCGCGCCCAGCACCAGCUCUUCCUUACGGUUUAUGACGGAGUUGUCCAGUUCACGCCACCCCAUCAGGAUCCUUACGUUCGGGCUGCAUUAUCUUAUUGCAAGUAUUCUUCUCAGGUAAUUGAGAUAAUGAAGGUUGCGGACGCCGUCGUCAAAAAAGUCGCCCGGUGUAGCAAAUAUGGUGGUGAAGCACAUCUGCACUUUUUUGCGGGUCUGCUACACGUCGAAAACAACAUCGUUUCGGAUGAGAAGGGCGAAGACUACUUCUACCGCCUUUCUUUGAUGUACGCCCGAAAGAUAGCGGUACCACUACUCAUGAACGACGACGAGAAUGUGCGCAACUUGGCAGUGACACAUUUCGCUGACGUAUUCACUGAGGAAAUGAAUCGUAAUUCCGACAACGGGACUCUUGAGCUUAAAUACCACGAAGCCCGAUCUCUGGCAUCCGAACUGCAAUUAAAGAUCGAGCAAGAACACGAAGUAGGAUCGUUGCGUGGCUUUGUGCAGCCCAUGAUCGUCACAUGCACCAUGUUGGUCGGAGCAAUCUUCAAGCUUUACCAAGUCGACGAUCCCGUCCUCAAUCGAUUGAAAUCUGAUUCGGAUGAGAGCCUCAUUGACGCACAACGGAAUUUGGAUGUCAUACUGAGGAAUUGGUCUUUUGACGAAGCGACCCCGCAGUCGAUGGCAGAGGGGUUUGAUCAAUCAGACUAUGGCAGUGAGUCCGAUGUUGAUGCUGAUGCAGAACCAUAUGACGUGUGA